AUGUCGCGCCGUCCUGGCCCCGUUUCCCGCCUCCUUGCCCUCCCAACCGAGCUGCAUCUCAAAAUCCUGGAGGAAACGUUCUUCGUGCCCGCCCCAUGGCCUGCAAACCUCACGCUGCGCCGCCUUGCGCUCGUGUGUCGUCGCCUCCACACGAUAGCAACACCCGUGCUCUACCGGGAGGUCGACCUCCGCCGGGCGUCUGCCGUCCGCUCCGUACACGCGGUGCGCUGCUUUCUGGCGACGAUUGUGGCGAAGCCUGAGUUGGGUCGGUUCGUGCGCUGGCUCAGUCUUGCCAGCGCUAUUACAACCUCCCCCCGGAAAGGGGUGGCGUUAUUGCUCCGCGCUCAAACUCUCGCUGACUGGGGCGAAGCGUUUCCGCAGCUCCGAACCCUAUUCUUCGCGAGCUAUGUCACGGACGGCAUGGCGUUUCUCUGGGAUGCCCACUUUCCUCAUCUGCGGCGGUUUUGUUUCCACAGAGAGUUGUAUUCGACGGCCCCGGCGCCGGUCGACGACUCCACUUCUUCGCAGCUCUUGAUGCAAUUUCUGGCCCGACACGCGGGGAGUUUGCGCGACGUCGACCUUUCAGCGCUCCCUCUUCCGCGAGAUAGCCUGGCUGAUUGGAAAGCCGUUGACGCUCAUGUCCCGACUGCGAUUCCCGUGUUCACCGUCCUCAGAAGGCUCGAGGCGCCGGCUUUCUUUUUCGAUCUGGCGGGACGACUAUCCCUGCCUGCGCUGGACGAGCUGCACAUCGACUGGCUGCCCACAGCACGCGCACAACAGCCAGCCGGAGAUGGCACUCUUGGGGACGAAGACUGGCACCAAGCUGUUCUGAGGAAAGUCGCGGACAGCCUACGCGGGCCCACGCAUCUGAAGAUAAUCAAUAAAUACAGCGGGACAAGCCCUGGCUUGGGCGAGGCAUCGGAGACCGGCCGUAUACUCAGCGCUGUCGCGUCCUCGCUUCCGCAGACCCGGUUUUUAGGGCUUUGCACGGCCGGAAAUGCAACGAUAAUCGAUGACGCCUCACAGGCUCUGGGCCGACUACACCUCCCCGCGCUCCAAACGCUCGUGUUCACCUUCGACUCGGACGACGACACCGACACGGAAGACCCGCGCGCGCAGCGCGUGGCGGCCUGUUUUCGCGAGUCUAAAGGGCUACGCGCGUUGGCAGCUCUUUCCGAUGUUGUUGACUGCUGGGUCAGGGCGGGCACACAGGCCGAGGUCGGACGCGUGUCCGACGACGAGUUUGUUGCCUUCGUUAAAGAGAACUGCGGCUUGGACUCCGUGUUCAUUAGCAACUUCAUGUAA